AUGGCCUCUCAGCUCCCCGCCUACAAGCAAGAAUUCCUGAAAUCCGCCAUCGACGGCGGCGUUCUCAAAUUCGGCAGCUUCGAGCUCAAGUCCAAGCGGAUAUCCCCCUACUUCUUCAACGCGGGCGAAUUCCACUCCGCCCGCCUCGCCGGCGCCAUUGCCUCUGCCUUUGCAAAGACAAUCAUCCAGGCGCAGCAGGAAUCCGGCCUCGAGUUCGACCUCGUAUUCGGCCCCGCCUACAAAGGCAUCCCGCUGUGCUCGGCCAUCACCAUCAAGCUCGGCGAGCUGGCGCCCCAGAACCUGGACGCCAUCUCGUACUCGUUUGACCGCAAGGAGGCCAAGGACCACGGCGAGGGCGGCAACAUUGUCGGUGCUCCGCUCAAGGGAAAGAAGGUCCUCAUCGUGGACGAUGUCAUCACUGCUGGCACGGCCAAGCGAGAUGCCAUUGAGAAGAUCACAAAGGAGGGUGGCAUCGUUGCGGGUAUUGUCGUUGCUCUGGACCGCAUGGAGAAGCUUCCUGCUGCUGAUGGCGAUGAUUCCAAGCCGGGCCCCAGUGCCAUUGGCGAGCUGAGGAAGGAGUAUGGCAUUCCCAUCUUUGCGAUCCUGACCCUGGAUGACAUUAUCGAUGGAAUGAAGGGGUUUGCUACCGCUGAGGAUAUCAAGAACACGGAGGAGUACCGGGCCAAGUACAAGGCGACUGAUUAA